AUGGCAAUUGAAAGCAGAGCUGACCAUGGAUUCUCAACAGUUUUCAAAUCAGAUAGCAUUAUUAAUGAAUCGUAUAAGGAACACGACAGUCCACAAACUAGAGUAUUUAAGAUAAUUGUGAUUGGAGACUCAAACGUUGGGAAAACGUGCUUAAGUUAUAGAUUCUGCGGCGGUAAAUUUCUGAAAAACCCUGAGGCGACAAUCGGAGUUGAUUUCAGGGAAAGGACCCUUAGUCUUGAUGGAGAAAACAUCAAGUUACAGAUAUGGGACACGGCAGGACAAGAGCGAUUCCGCAAAAGCAUGGUGGAACACUACUACCGUAAUGUCCAUGCCAUUAUUUUUGUUUAUGAUGUGACCAACCUUUCCUCAUUUGAGAGUCUGCCCGAGUGGAUUGAGGAAUGUGGCCGUCACUCAGUCCCUGCAAUGGUGCCUCGAAUACUAGUGGGGAACAAAUGUGACCUGAAGGGAAGAGGAGAGGUACCAACGUCCCUGGCACAGCGUUUGGCUGAUGGCUACAAUUUCCCCCUGUUUGAGACGUCUGCUAAGGACCCUGCAGAAAAAGAGCACGUGGAUGCCAUAUUCCUCACCAUAGCUUACAAGCUAAAGAAUCACAAGCCCCUGAGACUAAAACAGCCCAGUGAAAGUGGUGCUACCAACCUGCCUGUUGAACAGGACCAGGAAAACUCCUGUUUUUGCUAACAUAACCUCAUCAAAGAACCCUAAAGCAUUUUCUUUCCCUCCAAGUGA